AUGACGUGUUCAGCAGCUGCCAGUCUCUCUCGUUCUCGAGCCGACGGUGACGCCGAUAAAGCUGCCAGUGGAUCUGCCCAUACGAUCCCUUCGAAAAAUGAGGAGGACCCCUCCAACCAUGCUGUUGCGGGACCCAAGGACCUCUGGCAAGUAGCCUUCGAUGGCCUGGAUUCAAAGCAAAAACUCUGGUUAUCCCAAGACAGGCAGACUCCACUCGGGGCCAUCCAAGAAGUCAUCAAUGAGACCGAAAAGAAAUAUACCGAGUAUAAAAAGAAGCAGUUGACCAUUUGCAGACGUGAUGGGGGUGAGAUUCAAGUCCGCAAAUUUGCCCAGAAUAUCCUUGAGUCCGCAUUGAAUGUGCAGGAAAUAGUCAAAGCGAUCGCGACCUUCGAUCCAACUGGUCAUGGUAUGGUCCUGAUGCUGCUCUACAGUGCAAAAUGCUGA